AUGAAGCCUCCACAGCGGCGGCGAGCGGCCCCGGCGCGCUACCUGGGCGAGGUGACCGGCCCCGCGGCCUGGAGCCCCCGCGAGAAGCGGCAGCUGCUACGACUACUGCAGGCGCGGCAGGGCCAGCCGGAGCCGGACGCCACUGAGCUGGCCCGAGAACUGCCGGGCCGCAGCGAGGCCGAGAUCCGGGACUUCCUGCGGCAGCUCAAGGGCCGCGUGGUCCGGGAGGCCAUUCAGAGGGUGCAUCCAGGUGGCCCGCAGGGUCCAAGGCGCCGGGAAACACAGACCCCGGCCCCCAUCGAGGUAUGGAUGGAUCUGGCUGAGAAGAUAACAGGCCCGCUGGAGGAAGCCCUGACUGUGGCUUUUUCACAGGUACUCACCAUCGCGGCCACAGAGCCCGUCAGCCUCCUGCACUCUAAGCCCCCCAAGCCCACACAGGCGCGUGGAAAGCAGCUGCUGCUCAGCGCCCCUGGAGGGCGGGAGGACUCGAGCCCUGAGACCCCGGAGACCCCUGGCCCCGCCCCCAAGACAAGUGACCCCGACCCUGAGGCACCUUCCGAAUCCCUGGCUGAUCCCGCGGCUGAAGGAGAUCUCUCCGUGGACUUUGAGAAGAUCUACAAGUAUCUGUCAGCCAUCUCCCGCAGUUGCCAGGGCCCUGAACUUUCUGCAGCUGAGUCGGCUGUGGUCCUUGACCUGCUGCUGGCACUUCCGGAGGAGCUCCCCCGCCUGCCCUGCGCGGCCCUGGUUAAACAUAUGUCGGAUACGUACCUGCGCCUGACCGCCCCCCAGCCGGACCCAGCUGGUGAGGGCCUGGGGCCCAGAGCUGAGAAUGGCGGGACAAGCCCCAGGGGGCCGGAGGAGGCCAGCCAGGCCAUGCCCCAGGCCCCAGAGAAUGCUGGGCCCAGUGAACCGAGAUCUGCUUGGCAAGCAGCUGGGGUCUGCCCCCUGAACCCGUUCCUGGUGCCCCUGGAAUUUCUAGGCCAGGCAGCCACCCCUGCACGUUGA